UCCCUGCUGAAUGCUAUACUCCUUUAUGUAUGUCCUUUGUAUUGCCUUCGGCCUCUGUGCUGUGUUUCUGUGUUUCUUUUUUUCAUGACCUCCCUGCCUGCUCUGCUGUGUUGGGUACCGUGAUCUUGCUUUGCUGUUGCCUUUGUUUUUGUACGUCUGGCUGUCUGCCUAUCUGCCGCCUCUUUGUCCUGUUUGCUCCGUUUCUCCCAUGCCCUGGUGCGUAUUGCCUGGUGCUGGUACGUUACCCUUUGAUUUUUUUCUUUGGGCGGGUGUGGGAAGCGUCCUCCUUUAUUUUUUUUUUGGUUUUAUUUCGAUCGGUUUCCGAGGGCUCUUUUCUCGAACGGUCGGUGCGAUACCUAUUUUUUUCUUUUUAUCAUUUUGUUUUCUUGUUCCGAGUGGUUUGUACCCUAUUUUUGUUUUGUUUCCUCGCGGCGUCGUAUGUGCCGGGUUUUGAGACCACGGGCUCCCCAUUUUUUGUGGACUGUAGAGCUAAUGUGAGAAACAACAACAACAACAACAACAACAACAACAACAACAACAACAAUGUACCACGUCAUGGCACAGGAGCCGCGCGAGUACCGACAAGUCCGUCGCUACCCCGGCGAUUGGCAUUUUCUGUUGCACAUGGCCAAGGCGAUGCUUAGGCGGUACUGGGGUGCUGGCGUGGAGUUCGUGGCGAAGGAUUUGGGCACAGACGGGUCGAAGUCGGGGGAGGGGAGCAACUACCGUCGGGCUCACCACCACAUAACGGCGUUUUGGGCGGCGUUUAUGGCUCUGUGUCGAGAGGAAUACUUGAGUUUGCCGAUGCCAGGUGACAGACCGGUGGAAGAGGACACGGUGGUCGACGGAGUGGUUCUGUGGCUGGUGGCACGGACGGGGUCUCGCAAGACUUUCGUUGUGUGGAAGCAGUUCCUCCUCCAUGACUACCCGGCGUACAUUGCCUUCCGAACUGCCCUACGUACGGGGAACUUCAGGCUAAGGCUUGAAGGCCUUCACCGUAUCGCCCCCAUUUUUUUCAUCACCGGCAAAGACAAGUACCAGUUCCUCGUGGUACAUCAUCUGACGGAGGUGUCGCGUUAUUCGCGCAAUGGCAUGAGGGUCGUAUCCGAGCUAUUCUCCGUCUCACUAGCCCCUGACACGUUUGCACGAAUCGGCUUGGACGAGCGGCAAGAGGUGUCCAAUCGUCUCUACAAGACGUUGACGAAAAGGAUCCUUUCGAGCACGAUAGAAAAGCUGGCACCGAUUGCCCAGCUGCGUGAAGUCGCCAUCUUCGACUUCGAAUCGCAUUUCAUCGAGAAACCACGCACGGAAAGGGACCGUUGCAGAAAGUUGGCGGUGAAACGUGCACCAGCAGUCAGGGCGGCGAUGGACUGCUUGAGAGAGAGCCCGGCAUUUGAAGGCGACGAUGGCAACGACAAGGUCGUGGCGUUGGGCGCGAGAGUGUUUCCGCCGGUCAAGUGGCAAGAGAUUCUCGACUCGCCCGCAAAGUACAGGACACAAAAGCAGUGCUUCAAGAGAUGCGAAGAUGCGAGCGCAUCCAUCCUCUGA